ACAUACGCAUUGGAUGUCAAAGAAAAGGUUGUUUUAUUACAGUGAGUCCCCAGAAUGAUUGACAUUUUUCCCUGCCCCACGUCUCAGUUCAUUUACACAUGCGUGGCAUUUCUCCCUGGUCAUGUGAUGGUCUUUCUGAUGAAGGCUGUCAUCUUCCUGGCUGUGUACUCUUUGACCUGGGUCAAGUUGGUGGAUGCUUGACUGGCUCUGGCCAGUCCUCUUAUCAGCGUCAAUUCCGUCCGCCAAUCCGCUGCUUCUUUGUUAAUUUGUGGUUUACUGCCUUGCAUUCCAGAGAUAGGAUAACUAACAGUGUUAUUUGGAGAAACAGGAGACUCGCUGUCCAUACUAACUCUCUAGGUCUGUAGAAAAGCAUCUGCUAUCGGCAACGAAACCUUGGCUUAGAAAGGUCAGAUCUGUAGCUGCCAAUUCAAUACCUCAUGAAGGCAUAUGACUUUUCACCUAACAUAUUUUCCUCAUUUCACAAAGAACUCCAUGCCCUUCCUCCAUCAAAUAUGAUUUAACACUCUGGUAAUCAAUCCAGCCAGUUUGCUCCCCAGAACACUUUGGCCACAACUGCUCAGUUGCAUUCCAUCUUAUGCUUACACACCUGUUCUCUCAAAUGUGUGUCCAAGAUCAAGGUAUACAAAACCUCAAUCCCAACACCGUCCCAAUAAUCAGAGUAAUUUACCACCUCUGUUCUCCUCCUUCCUUUUGGGACUCAGCCUCCAAUCAGAAGGACAGAGGAGAACACUCCUGGCUCUCCCAAUCCCUUUAGCGUCUUUCCAAGGGAUGCAAAGUUCUGCCAUUUCCUUGUGGCAGCCUCCCAUGACCCUACUUGAAUGACAACAAGUGGAUGGUGGUCUUCUUGUUUGAUUAGAUGUAGUGGAGUCCUUAACAUCUCUGACAUGUGCCCCUGGAAGACAGCAAAGCUCUCUGGAGAGGUUGUCUGGGCAGCAGAUGAGGGCCUCAGUGCCUCCUGGCAUGCAGUCCCCAAUCACUAAGACAAUGCCUGGCAGCUGCUCCCUGGCAGGGGCUCUCCCUUCCCCGCUGAGGUGAUUGCCUGCUUCAGUAUGGAACCAGAAUCCUGGAGCUUAGUGCGUCACAAAAACAUGCUGUGUUUUGUGGCCUGCAAGGUUGCCUUGCAUGCUGUCUGGUCCCCAGCCGUCAUUCUCUGUGAGGUGACACUCUGCGGUGUGAUGUCAUAGUGGCUACCUCAUACACCCUUGUGGCAGCGGUGGGAGUGGUGGCUCAGUCCGCUUUUGGGACCCGCAGGAAGAGGAGCCAGAGAGAGCGUUGUGUCUGUCUGGACAUAUCCUGCUGCGAUGGAGCGGCUGAGAGCCCUUCGAGGUCUCUUUGCCUGUGUGGGCUGCAUGCCCAGGCGAACACGUCGCAGGGAGAGAAGCAGGGUGUCAAGCCCUGUCCCUACCUGCGCCGUGACUUUACUGCUGCAGCGCCUGCAAGAUCACGAGGGUGACCGAGCGCAGGCGUACUGUGAGCUGGAGAGCGCCCUGAGGGAAGCCGACAGCCGCCCGCCCUGCGGAGUGGUGAACCGGCUGCUGGCAGAGGUGUCCCGGGACCUGACAGCAGCCCAGGGCGUGACAGACAACAUAAGGACAGCUGCCAGCAAUGUCCUGGUGGCUCUGGCUCGGACGCACCUCACCUUGGUGAUGGCCGAGCUCCAGGGCCACCUGAAGGCCAUGGGGGAUGCAUCCAAGGAGACUGUGCUCAUCACCCUGAGCAAACUCUUCAGCACCUAUGCUCCACAGUGCAUCCCCUUUGUGUGGCUGACACUGGCCGGCCUGCGCAGUGUGGUGGGCCAGGUGAGGAGCGGCCAAACUCUGCGCAUCGCUUGUGCUGUUGUGAAGCAAUGGUUGGGCGGAGUCAAAAUUCGCCUGUCCUCUGGAAAGCAGUGCCCCUGGCCUGCCACAGAGAAAGAGCAGAUCUAUGAGAAUCUUCACGAGCUGCUCUUCUCUAUGGUGAAGAACUGGCAGGACUGCCAGGAGGAAGAGGACAAACAGGCCGUCCUUGGGGCUGUGGCUGCCAUGUUGGCUGUCCUUCUGCAAGAGGAGCUGCACCGAGAGCAAGUCUGGGAGCAGCUCCUCUGGCUCGUGCACCCGUGUCAGGAGGUGCAAGACACCUGCAGGAUGGCCAAGAGCCUUACUAUCUUCCUGGAGGCCUUACAGGGCAUUGAGUGUCUCAUCCCCAAGGACAGGUUUCAGGACAUUACCAGUGCCGUGUUCUGCCAGCUCUAUGACAACACCAAACAGCACAGCGAGGCUGGCGCCUCUGUGAGAGGAAUGUCCAAACUCCUGUGGCCGCGGCUGCUGCUGUUUGUGGUGCCAGCCGAGUACACGGGUAUGCUGAUCCCGGUCUCCCGCUGUAUCCAAGCCCUGUCUGAGAGAGAGGACCUGACAGGACGGCGGAUAGAAGAUCUGGAUCCCCAUUUCAUCAGCUCUGUGUUUCAAGGCCCAAUGCUGACUCCCCAGACACUGCUGGCGCGCCUGUUGGUGGUGGCAGGGAGCCCUGUUGCUGGCAGCGAACUCCAAGCCGCUGCCUUACUGCUAAUGCAAAAGCUCCACAGGAGAUUCCACAGAGCUGUGGGGGCCAUGUGGGCUGUUGAGAUCCCCCUGCUGCUGCAGUGCCUCGAAGGGAAAGAGGAGAGCUUCUCGGACACUGCAGAGUUUGAGUGCCGUCUGCUAAAGUUCCUGAGGGCAUCGCUGGACACCAUAGAAGAUGAGGCCUGGACCGAGGCCCUGAGCUGCGAGCUGAGCCAGCGGCUGAGCAGCUCUGCCAGCAGCUCUGGAGAAAAGUCUUUCCUGUACAAGGCUCUGGGGACGGUGCUGGGAGCCUGUAAGGGAGUCUUCUUCGUCCAGGAGAAGCUGCUGCAGCACCUGGAGGAAGCAAACAUGGAGGAGUCAUCUGAGGCCCAGGGAAUGAUCUCGCUUCUCAGCCAUGCUGCUGAGAGCAACUUCCAAACAGUCCUGGCCACACUCACCACGUUUGCAUCCAGGCUGUGCAAAGGCUGGAAAGCGAGGAUUUCCAGGCACAAGAAGAUGGAGCUGGACAGCAGGAGAGCUCAUGCCACACGCAGCGCUCUCAUGCUCGCCCACGGCAGCUUGGCACUGCGUGCCUCCAAGGAGCAGCUGCUCGCCCACCUGGAGGGAGACAUUGUGGGCAACAUCCUGAUGCUGUACAGCUGCAGCUGCCGGGACUUGCAGAACAACCUUGCGCUGGUGCAGAGCAUCACCGAGUUCAGCUCUGCCUUCCACGCUGUGGGUGACUCCUCCUGCUUUAACCCCUCCUUGAAGGGCAAGCUGCUGGAGAUCCUGAUGGGCCUGCUGAAGAAAUAUUACUCAGGCAUCCCUGUCUCCCCGGUGCCCUUUAAGGUGGUUCUGGCCCUGGAGCAGUUGAGCAAGCUGAAGCCAUCUUUCGAAAGCAAGGAUAUGCGAGAAAUGUUGGUUCUGUGCUUCAAGAACAUUGUGACACACCCUUCAGCAGAGGUGAUGCUGAAGAUCAGGAAGUCACAGCAAGCAGCGCAGUACCUGCAGCUUCAGCAAAGAUCACUGAAAGCUCUGGGCCGGCUCAUGGCGGUUCUGCUUGAGACAGAGCCCACGCGUGGCUUCUUCCAAAACAUAGUCCAUAGAUCAAUGACAUCGGACAACAUGUGGGAGCGCAAGAGGGCCCUGCAGACCUGCUCCCAGCUGCUAGCUAUUUGUGAAGAGCUUCAUAGAGGAGAUGCCUGCGAGCACUUUGGCUCCUUGGUGGGAUUGCUGGCGCCUUUGACUUGUGACCCCAUGCCCACAUCCCGCCAGCUGGCCGUCACCUGUCUGGACUCCCUCCUCCGAAUCCAAGCCAAAGCGAACAACAGAGUCAUCGAGACGGGUGACAUCAGGAGCCUGUGUGAGGGGCUGUAUGCCUGCAGUGUCAUCUCUCAACUCCAGACCUCAUCCAAAAUAGCAGGAAUCGUAUGCAAAAACUUCCCCCUAGAACGCACUGUCGACUUCAUGUUGGCCAUAAAAGAGACCAUCCGGAGAGCCAAAGGAGUGCGCGUGCGUGCUGCUGGGAAGUGGAUGACCACCUUUCUGCAGAUGCAUGGGAAGGACAUCUGUCGAGACGUGCAACCGAUCCUCUACAUCCUGCGCAGCUGCACAUCGUCUGCGCAGCAGAGCACGUUUGUGCCCUUCCUGUGCCAGGCAGUGGUCAUCCUCACUCGCUGUCACACAGAGGUCAUGGUCGAUAACUUCUCCCGACUACUUGGGCCCACAGACAGUGAGACGUGGAAGAGGAUAAGAAAGUUUUGUCUUCAACGGUGGAGCCAGUAGAAAAGAAAUGAAGUGAAGUGAAGUGAGGGAAGAGGAGAGAAGAGGAAAGAAGAGAGAAAUGGAAAGGAAAGG